AUGGCCCCCUUCACUCUUCGUUGGGGCAUAGUCGCCACUGGUCUCGUUGCCGAAGCUUUCGCCAAGGACCUCCAGACUAGCCCCGCAAGCCGCGGCGUCUCCGACGUCGAACACAAAAUUGUAGCCGUGUCCUCGUCGCGUGACAGCAAAAAGGCGGAAGCUUUUCUCGCGAAGAUCAAAUGUCCCCCUCAUGAAACUAAGACCUAUGGCUCGUACGCCGAGCUAGUCGCUGACCCAAACGUCGACAUUGUCUACGUAGCGACGCCGCACUCACACCACUUCCAAAACGCCAUGCUCGCCAUCCAGGCACAUAAGAAUGUACUCUGCGAAAAGGCCUUGACCGUGACCGCCGAGCAGACUCGCCGCCUUGUCCAAGCCGCCCGCGAGAAGAAUGUCUUUCUGAUGGAGGCCGUCUGGACGCGCUUCCAACCUGUUAGUGUCAAAGUGCGGGAGCUUAUCGCCUCGGGCGAGAUCGGCGUCGUUGAGCGUGUUUUUGCCGACGUCUCAUUCAACUACUCAGCCGAAGAGGAAGGAAAACUCAUAUUCCCAGACGCUCAUCGCAAGGUAAAUCUGGGACUAGCCGGGGGUGCGCUGCUCAACUUUGGCACUUACGCCCUUACCUGGGUCUUCCAAGUUCUCUAUCAUCUCCAGCCAGAGGCUGAAAAGGAGAAGCCCGAUACUAUUUCCACGAUGAACAAGUACUUUACCGGCACUGAUGAAAGCACCGUUGUCGUUUGCCGUUUCCCAAAACACAAGACGAUCGGCAUCGCCACCACGAGCCUCCGUAGCGCCAGCGACCCCUCCGAAACUGGCAAGACCACAUCCGUUCGCAUACAGGGCUCCAAGGGUGAGAUUGCCGUGGCGCAUCCUGCUUACUGUCCGACCGGCUACCGAGUCCUCAGGAAUAGAGCCCGGGAAGGAUCAGAACUGAUAGAGUGCCCCCUUCCCAAGGACGACGACCGCGAGGGCUGGGGCCACGGAUUCUUCUGGGAGGCGGACGAGGCCGCGAGAUGCAUUCGCGACGGCAAAAAAGAGAGUUCCAUUAUACCACUGCAUGAGAGCAUUGCCAUCAUGGAGGUCAUGGACGACGCAUUGUACCAGGGCGGCGUGACGUAUCCCGCGCUCAUCACAAGUCACGAAUUCGAUGCGAUGAGCCCUCUCAACACGGGUAAGGCUUAG